CAGUCGAGCUCGAGUCAACUUCCUUAGCAUCACAACAUCGAUAGUUAACGUUAGUUUUUAGUCCCUCAGCUUUAAUUCAGGAGGACAACUAAUGAGAAUGAAGCAAACAGCUCUGAAGGAUGUAUGUGUCUGUCUGCUGAUAUCAGCUGGAAUUAUAUUUGGACAUGAAACCGGUCCAGCUGUGGUCAGAGUGGUUGUGGAAGAAGGCAGUGAUGUUGUUCUACCCUGUUCUCUCAGCUCCAAGGAGAACAUUGUAGAUAAACUGUUUGACUGGAGGAAAGAUGGUCAGAAGAAGAAGAAGGAGGUGUUCAUGUAUGAUGCAGGCGAUCAUUCCAAUAACGGCCAAGAUGAGCAGUUCAAAGGUCGAGUCUCACAUUUUUCUGAUCAACUGAAGAACGGUAACGCCUCCAUAAAGAUCAGAGAUACGAAGAUAUCUGACAGUGGAAAAUACACCUGUGAUUUUCCUCGUCUUCAACCAAGUCAAACCUUCUACAUUGAGCUUGUUGUUGAGCUUACCAUUAAAGACCGUUCAGGAGAAAUCACAGGAGCAUCUCCAGAUCCGUACAUCAGGAUACUGAAUCCCACAGAGGAUGGAGCUCUGCUGCAGUGUGAAGUUCGAGGUGCUUCUCCUAAACCUAAAGUAGAGUGGAAGGACAGUGCUGGAAACAUCCUUCCUGCUGAGGAGACACAGGUCUCAGACAGAGGAGGACGUUACUACGUUACCCUCCUCACCACUGUGACCAAGACCGACCACUACCGCUGUGUAGUCACACAGGAGGAAAUCCACCAUCAGACUCAUUCUGAGACCUACGUGUUCAUCAAUGAUCCUGUCCUUAAAGAGCGAUCAGGAGAAAUCCCAGGAGCAGCUCUAAAGCCGUACACCAGGACACUUACUGCCACAGAGGACGGAGCUCUGCUGCAGUGUGUUGUUGAAGGUGCUUCUCCUAAACCUAAAGUAGAGUGGAAGGACAGAGCUGGAAACAUCCUUCCUGCUGAGGAGCCACAGGUCUCAGACAGAGGAGGAAGCUACGAUGUUACCCUCCUCACCACUGUGACCAAGACCGACCACUACCGCUGUGUAGUCACACAGGAGGAAAUCCACCAUCAGACUCAUUCUGAGACCUACGUGUUCAUCUAUGAGAAACUGCGUGAGGAAUCAUCCAGCAAAGAGCUCAUUGGAUGGUUGGGUGGAUUUUUUAGUGGAUGGGUUUCAGGAGUUUUAACUCUUGCUGCAGUUCUGGUUUUGCUUGUGGCUACAAAGUGCAUCAUAAUACGUCGUAUUAAAGAGAGCCACAGCGGAGAGAGACUGAGGAGGAUGGAUACGAGUUUGAGGCUAAGCGAGCUCCAGCAGAGAGAGAAUGAAGAGCCCGUGAAGCUACAGAACGGUUCUCCUCUGCUGGGACAAGAUCGAGUUUUUGGAUCCUGUCCUUCUAACGGUUACAGUACAGGCUACAGUUCUUCUAACGGUUCUUCAGAGUAAAAGAAGUUAGCUGUUUGAUCCUCUGGUGGCUGCUGUCAGAACAACAGAUCCCUGAAUCUACACUGCUCAAAAUAAUGAAGGGAACACUUAAAUCACACAUCAGAUCCGAUAAACGAAAUAUUCAAGUUCACAAUCUUUACUGUACUGAACAAAAUAAUGUAACAGCGUUCAAUAGAAACCAAAACCACCAACCGAUGAGGUCUGGAUUCAAAAUCACACUGAAAAUCAAAGUAAAAAAUUUAAAUCACUGGCUGAUCCAAAUCUGGCAUAAAUUUCAUCACAGCAACUCAUAAUGGGACUCAGUAGUGUGUGUGGCCCCCACGUGCCUGUAUGCACUCCUGACAACAUCUGGGCAUGCUCCUGGAGGGGGGGUACUCCUCACAGACCUGGAUCAGGGCAGGUACCGCCUCAUGCUACCAGUAGUGACAGGGACACUCACAAAAUGCAAAACUAGAGAAGAAUCAGUCAGGAAGGAUAAGGAGAGAGCUAUUGUCUGUGGUCACCUGUAAGACUCAUUCCUUUCUGGGGUUGUCUUGCUGUUGCCUCUUUCGUUGUCACUUUUAUUUGCACCAAAACAGGUCAAAUGGAUUCACAAUCACUUAUCCUUCCUAACUGGAUAGAUUGAUAUCCCUGAAGUUGUUAUACUGUGAAGUGUUCCCUUAAUUCUUAUGAGCAGUGUACAAUGUGUGUGUAAUGUAACUUGUAGCUGAACUAUGUUGUGUCUUAAAGCUUUAAUGCUACAACUCAUAGGAAGGUUGAGAAAAGAGGAUUGUAAAUAGUCCAGAUGAGAAGAGAUGGAAACAAAUGAAUUUCUCAGGUGUCAGUAUUCGAUAUAUUCCUCACUGAAGGAAUCAGUUAAAGAGUUAAACUCUGGUUUCAGUUCAUAAUAUUAGGUCAAUAUUUUAUUGUGAUGAGUUGUCCAGCUCAACUGCAGCUCGUAAAUAUUUUAUUGAUUGUGUGAAUAUUUUUAACAUCCAUGUGAAAUGAAUUUAUUUUCACUGUUUAUAAGAGUUGACAUUGUCUUAUACUAUUUUCAUCAUGGUGCAGAGCAAGAAUCUUCUAUACUCAAUGAUUGAUCAUUAAAUCUCAUUAAUGCUGUAAUAAUGUACAGUGAAGAUGAGACAGUAUAUUUUAUAUUUUAUUAUGAGCUAGAGUUUUCCUUGUAUGUGCCUUGUUGUGUUGUUCACUGUAAUGUGUGUUUAAUAUUUAGGUCUGUUAAUUUGCACUGGAAGUUUCCUUGUUGAUGAGAUAUUCUUCCAAUCAGUGAGUUAAUGUUGUUAAGUUGUCUUUUCUUCCUCAUGUGGUUCUUUGUUAUUGGAGCAGCUAGUUAGCUGGUGACGUAGCGACAGCACACUGCUACAAACUCUACAUCUGUCUACCAUCACUUCCUGUUGCUACUGUGGACAUUAAAGUGUCCUAAAUAAUAAUGAGACAUUACAAUCAUCAUGUUUAAACUUUUGUCUCCAAUCGUUUGAAUAAAACAAACUUUCCUGA